AUGAAAUUUACAGAUAUUGAAUACGUUGUAUCUUGUCGUGGAAACCCGAUGAUUAUCUUCGAAGGAGUGAACUUCACAAAGGAGCGGAGUCGAGGCGUCGUCACCCGUUGGGUUUGCGGACGGAAGCGGCGGCUCCAGUGCAAUGCUUCUUUGACGACGGUCGAUGGAGUUGUCGUUAAGACUUACGGCACUCAUAACCAUAGUUAG